AUGGGUGCAAAAGAUUCAAAGCCUAGUUUUAUAUCUUACGAAGAUGCAACGAAGAGAGUGAGCGACAGUGAACUACGACGUAUUCGUGAAGCAUUUAAGAGAUGUGCUGGUACGAAUGGUACAGCCUUGAGUCUAGAAGCAUUUGUCCAUGAAGUGCUGUGUGAUGGAGUUCCGUUCGAGGUAGCAGAAUGGCUGUAUCAGGCUUGUGGUGGCACGAAGCGAGGAAUCGCAUUUAAGGAUCUUUUGUGUGGAAUCGUCGUUCUGACUAAAGGAAAUAUUGAAGAGAAAAUCAAGUUCCUAUGGACACUCUAUGUAAACAAUCAAAGUGAAAAUGGCGCAUACAUAUAUAAGCGUGACUUUGCCCGCGCCUUGCAGCUGGAGAAUACAUCUCUGUCAGUCGCUGGAGAACAAAGAACAGCAGACAUCUUGACUAGUUUAUUUGGUCACAGUGAACGAGUCACCUUUGAGCAGUUCCGAUCCUGGCUGCUCAUACAUAAAGAUGCAACUGUUCUUUCAAAAUGGCUAUUGUCAGAUCGGGGCAGUAUAUCCCAUGACUUGGAGACCCCAACCUUCUACCAGAGCCUGGCUGGUGUCACUCAUUUGGAAGAAAGGGACAUAAUAGAGCUAGAGAAGUGGUUCUGGUCGCUGCGCAACAAAUCUGUCAGCGGGCAGCUGGACGCGGAGAGCCUGGCGCCUUUGUUGUCGCCGCCAUUACCGCGCGCCGCCGUGGCGGGCGUGCUGCGCGCGCUCGACGAGAACCGCGACGGCCACGUCGACUUCAAGGAGCUGUGCUGCGGGCUCAGUGCGGCCGGCCGCGGCCCGCGCGCCGAGCGUCUCAAAUUCUGCUUCAAGAUAUUCGACUUGGACGGAGAUGGGAUCCUUAACAAGAAAGAGAUAAUCGACAUGGUUGAAAUACUGUGUACCGUUGCCAACGAGUCCCUCAAGUACCAGAGCUCCAGAGCCUCGACACCCUCGGAUAACACAGAGUCUGAAGGCGACAAGGAUUUUGACCCUGAAGUAGUCCUUCUCAAUUUAAGAGAUAAGCUGGUGACAGUGUCGAAGAACGGAAAGAAACCGGUGUUUCAGCUCGGGCCAAAUAAUGACGGGGAUGAAAUUUUAAUACAGAAUAAAGUUGAAGAAGAACUUCUUGCGAUAAAAGAGGACAGAGGGAGCUCGUGGCUGCUCGGGGCGGACGUGGCGCUGACGGCCGAAGACUUCUUGAUCUGGAGCGUGGAGAGCGCGGCGCGGCUGGUGCGGCCGCUGUUGGAGCUACUGUUCGAUGUGUGCCACGUGACGCUGGGCCUGCGCCCGCACUGCCGCCACCACGAGCACGAUAUCGUGAUCCGGUGGAUGCAGCGCGAGACGGCGCGCGGGUACGCGGUGGGGCAGUUCUGGUACCUGGUGGGCAGCGAGUGGUGGGCGGCGUGGCUCGCGCACUGCGCCGCGCCCGCCGCCUGCUGCCGCGCGCCGCCCCGCCCGCCCAGCACACCCUGCCCGCCCUACCCGCCCUACCCACCCGACGACGACAGCUUCACCACCAACUCUACCGAGUCAAUGGGGUCGCUGCUGUGGCGUGCAGAGAGCGCGUCGCUGGGUAGCGGUGGCAGUAGUGGCAGCGGUGGCAGUGCGGGCAGCAGCAGUGGCAUCGGCAGCGCGCCCGUGGCCCGCGCCUCGCACCCCGGCCCCGUCGAUAACCGCCGCCUGCUGGCACCGGACCACCUCAAGGUGCGCACGCUGACGGGCGAGGGCGGGCUGCUGCGGCGCGACGUGACGCUGGCGCAGCACCGCGACUUCGAGCUGCUGCCCGACGCGCUGUGGCGCGCGCUCGCGCUCUGGUACGGCGGCCCGGACCCGCUGCCGCGCCAGGUGAUCAGACCACCGAAUUCGGAUGUGGAAAUUGAACUAUACCCGUUACAACUGAAGAUUCUGCGUCAUGUUUUGAGCACUCAACGUGUAGGCGUGGGUGCAAGUGCAGUGGGUGCGGGACCGGGCGCCGCGCUGUACAGCAGCGUGCCGGCCGCACCCGAGCGCCAGCUCGCCUACACCGCCGCCUUCUCGCGCCUCGCCACCGUCAAGCAGGUACCGCUGUAUAGCAGCGUGUCGGCAGCACCCGAGCGCCAGCUCGCCUACACCGCCGCCUUCUUGCGCCUCGCCACCGUCAAGCAGGUACCGCUGUAUAGCAGCGUGUCGGCAGCACCCGAGCACCAGCUCGCCUACACCGCCGCCUUCUUGCGCCUCGCCACCGUCAAGCAGGUACCGCUGUAUAGCAGCGUGUCGGCAGCACCCGAGCGCCAGCUCGCCUACACCGCCGCCUUCUCGCGCCUCGCCACCGUCAAGCAGGUGUCAGAGUUUUUAUGCCAAGCGUUAGGGCUGGCUCGAGAGGACGUUCGACUAUGGUCAGUUAGUUCAAGCGGGGCGGCCCUCCUGCUGGAUGAUGAGAGACCAACUCUGCAAGAACUGGGAAUGCAUGAACGCGACAGAUCAAGGUUGCUACUUGAACUACGGAAUUCUGAUUUAACGUGGCCUGAAGAAAUCGGCGCACUCAGUGCUAGCGGCGGUUUGAGCGGGCUGGGCAGCCUGAGCGCGCUGGGCGGGCUCGGUGGGCGGAGCGCGCGUGGCGUGGAGCGGCGCGAGACGCUGGCGGCGCCGGACGUGGCGGGCGCCACCGGCCUGCACAACCUCGGCAACACCUGCUUCAUGAACGCCGCGCUGCAGGCCGUAUGGAACACCGGACCUCUAACCCGAUACUUCAACUCUGGUAUGCAUCUGUACGAGGUUAACACCACCAAUCCCCUUGGCACUAAAGGAGCACUCGCGUUGCGGUACGGAGAACUUUGUAAAGAGGUGUGGUCGAGCAGUGCGCGUUCGGUGGCGCCGCUGCGCGUGCGCUGGUGCGUGUCGCGGCACGCGCGCGCGCUUGCCGGUGGCGGCCAGCACGACGCGCAGGAGCUGCUGGCCUGGCUGCUAGAUGCGCUGCACGAGGACCUCAACCGUACGACACCUGCGCCCGCAGCGACGCUAGCGCCGGCACCCGCGCCCGCACCCGUACCCCCGCCGCGACCCGAUCAGUCGCGGUCUAAUUUCUGCGCCAGUGAAAAAGGAAUUUUAAUAGAACUUAUCCUAAAAUAUAAAGAUGUCGUAGAAAACAAAAAAACAGAUGCUGUGACGAUUGCUCAUAAAAAUGAGGGUUGGAAGGUGCUCACGGAAGAAUUCAAUUCCCUGAGCAGUUUCAAUGUCCGAAAUACGGACCAACUUAGAACCUGUUGGGAUAACCUCAAGAGAACGACAAGGAAAGACAAAGCUGCCACAAAGAAGGAGAUUUUCUUAACAGGUGGAGGCAGGCCCAAUCAUCCACCACCAGGGCCUUUACAAGAGCAAGUAGAAAUAUUACUUGGCCCAACAUUAGAUGGUCUUGCAAACGAAUUUGAUAGCGAUGGUCAAUUUCAAGAGUCUGUCACAGCAUCUAAUAAAGUGAAGGAAGAUUCAGCAGAAAUAUUACCGAACAUUGUAUUAUUAGAUGCAGUACCUGGCUGUUCAACUGUGAUUGAGCAAGUUGGUUCCUCGGGACUGAAUAGCUCUCAGGGUGAAUCAGGGGAGUUAAAUAAGGAAACAUUUGAUGGCUCAAGUCGUCGUGAAGUUCAGGAAAUUGCUGCGGAAGCGUGGGAGCAGUUCACGUCGCGGAACCGCUCGAUCAUGACGGAUCUGUUCUACGGACAGCUGAAGUCCAAAGUGCGGUGCGACACCUGCGGCCACGAAUCCGUGCGCUUCGACACCUUCAAUAUGCUGAGCCUGCCGCUGCCCAUGGAGUCCUUUGUGCGCUGCGAGGUGCGAGUUAUACUAUUGGAUGGUUCCGUUCCGGUGAAAUACGGAGUGAGGGUGAAUUCAGAUGGCACGUAUUUGGACUUGAAGAAAAAGCUCUCGGAACUGUGCGGUCUGCCUCCAGAAUGCAUGGUGGUGGCGGAGGUGGCGGGCGCGGCGGGCGCGCGGCUGCUGGCGGACGGCGCACGGCUCGGCGCGCCGCUCGCCGCGCACGCCGCGCAGCCCGCCGCCGAGCUGUUCGCCUACGAGAUACCCAGCCCAUCGACCUACGGGUGGAGUGAGGGCGGCGUGGCGUUGGGCUGCGACGGCUGCGAGGGGGACGGGGAGUGCGGGGAGGGUGGGGGCGGUGCUGGCGGGGGGAGCGGGGACGAGGUGAGUGUGCGGCCGCGCGCCUCCUCCUCGCUCUGCAUGCCCGCGCUCUUCUGCUUCAAGCGCUCGAGAUCGGAAAUUCUUAUGUCCCAGAGCCCGCCGAACACGUUCUACAAGAACAACGACUACCGCAGCCUAACGCUGCCCAAGCGCACGGGCUCGAGCUCGCCUACGCCCAGCCUGCGCUCGCUCAACCUGCCGCCGCCCAGCACUGGGCUGCCCAAGAUCAAAUUCGCCUCCUCGCCGUCCGACAUGUACAAGAUGGACGCCCAUACUGAGCCCGAACCUCCGAUGCAGUAUUUAGUUGCCGUGCACAGGAAGCAGUGCCGCGCGGACGCGUACUUCCUGGCGUGGCAGCGCGUGCGGCCGGCGCUGUUCGGUGUGCCGCUGCUGGUGGCGCUGCGUGCGGGCGAGCCCGGCCGUCAGCUGUACGCGCGCGUGUGGGCGCAGCUCGCGCGCCUGCUGUCCCCGCGCCCGCCACCCACCGACCUGCCCAACCACGCCGCGGACUGCGACGACAGCCUGGGCUACGAGGUCCCGUUCACGCUGCGCGCGGUGAGCGGCGACGGCGCGUGGUGCGCGCUGUGCGCCUGGCCGGCGCUGUGCCGCGGCUGCGCGCUGCCCAGCGACGGCCGCCCGCUGCUGGCGCCUGCGCAUGCAGACUCGGAGCCCGUCCUACACAUUGACGCCGAGGGUGGAGGCGCCCGGCACCGCCAUCACAGCGCGCGCCUCUCUGCUGACAUCGGGGGCGAGUGUGCUCCGGGUGAGGUGUCGUAUUUGGACAUGAACGCUUUACGAGCCGCUCGCCGGCGCGGCCUCAUGCUGGCCAUAGACUGGGAGCCCACGGCGCUGCAUCUGCGCUACCAAGCUUCACGGGAGCGGGCGUGCCACGAGCACCCGUCAGUGGCGGCCGUGGGGCGCGCGGCGGCAAGGGCUGUGGACCUGCGCAGCUGCCUGGCCGCCUUCACGUCGCAGGAGCGGCUGGAGCAGCGCUACCACUGCGACGCCUGCCGCAGUGCGCAGCCCGCCACCAAGAAGCUGCAGAUCUGGCGCGCGCCGCCCGUGCUCAUUAUCCACUUAAAACGAUUCCAAUACGUGAACAACAAAUGGAUAAAGUCGCAGAAAGUUGUUAAUUUCCCCUUCGAAGAUUUCGAUCCGACGCCGUAUUUGGCGUCCGUGCCACAGGAAACUAUACUCAGGCAUAGAGAGCUAAAGAAUAUGCGACGGCACUCCUCAAUGUUCGUCGAUGUAGACGACCGCAUAUCGGAAAGUGAAAGUGAGGAGUCUGAUGACGAAGAUGAAACUCAAGACAGCAGUCCCAAAGAAAACUCUAGGCCUAUAACUAAAACUGAGAAGAAAAGAAAAGAGUCUGUAGAAGUUACAAGGAGAACGAGACUGGAAUCGACAAGUCUAAUGGCUUCACCUGUCACUGAUGAUAAUCUGAUAGACUACCAUCAACAUUAUCUAGAGAAGGAUCAAGAUCCAUUUGAUUUAAAGUACAAAUUAUACGCAGUUGUGUCUCACUCCGGGCAGCUGCACGGCGGGCACUACGUGGCGCACGCGCACAACCCGUCGGGCGCGUGGCUGUGCUACAACGACAGCUCGUGCCGCGAGGUGGACCCGCACGCCGUGGACCCGGCCGCCGCCUACCUGCUGUUCUACGAGCGGCGCGGCCUGCGCUACGAGCGCUACAUGCCCGACGUGGCCGAGCGCUCGCCCGUGCGCGUAGACCUGCCGCCCGAGGACGCUGACCUACGCAAUAUGUGUGUGCUGACUUGA